AUGUGGAACAAACAUUUUGUCUUGUAUCUCCUGCUUUUGCCAGCUUUUAUGAGUCAAGCAAUAUAUGGACAAAGAAAGAAAGGAUCAAAGUCCAAUUUACUUGCAAGGAAAAACCCCACUUGCUUCACAGAUCUUGUCUUCAUUGUGGACAGCUCUGAAAGUUCUAAAAUUUUUCUCUUUGACAAACAGAAAGAUUUUGUAGAUAGCUUGAGUGACAAGAUUUUUCAAUUGACCCCGGUUGGCUCCUUGAAAUAUGACAUCAAACUGGUAGCCCUUCAGUUUAGCAGCUCUGUCCAAAUUGAUCCACCUUUUUCUUCUUGGAAGGAUCUACAGGCUUUUAAACAGAGGGUCAAGUCUAUGAAUUUCAUUGGGCAAGGUACUUUCUCUUACUAUGCUAUCGCCAAUGUCACGAGGCUACUUAAGAGAGAAGGGCACAAAGAUGGUGUGAAAGUGGCUUUGCUGAUGACAGAUGGCAUCAACCAUCCAAAGAAUCCAGAUGUUCAAAGUAUUUCUGAAGAUGCCAGAACUUCAGGAAUAUUAUUUAUCACCAUUGGACUCUCUACUCUAGUCAAUGAAACCAAACUUCGUUUGAUAUCUGGGGAUCCACCCAGUGAACCCAUUCUACUGUUGAAUGAUUCAACCCUUGUACAUAAAAUUCAGGAUCACCUGGAUAUCUUAUUUGAAAAGAAGUGUGAACGCAAGAUUUGUGAAUGUGAGAAGGGGCAUCCAGGAGACCCAGGGCCUCCGGGUACACAUGGAAACCCAGGUAUCAAAGGUGAGUGAGGACCUAAAGGAAACCCGGGUGACGCUCAAAAAGGGGAACCUGGAGAAAGAGGCCCAGGGGGAAUCCCUGGGUACAAGAGUGAGAAGGGUGAACGUGGAGAAUGCGGUAAACCAGGAAUAAAAGCUGACAAAGGACCCAGAGGACUUCAGGGCAUUACUGGACUUCCAGGGGAUCCAGGCCCGAAGGGGUUUCAAGGCAAUAAGGGUGAACCUGGUCCUCCUGGUCCUUAUGGUCUUCCAGGAGCCCCUGGUAUUGGACAGCAAGGUAUUAAGGAGGAAAGAGGCAAGGAAGGAAGAGCUGGGCCUCCAGGACCGAUUGGUGUCGGUGAGCCGGGCCAGACAGGUCCCCGUGGGCCUGAGGGAGCACCAGGAGAGAGGGGCUUACCAGGAGAAGGACCUCCAGGACCAAAGGGUGAAAAAGGUUCUGAAGGACCAGUUGGCCCACAAGGAUUAGAAGGCCCAUCAAUCGAAGGGGACAAGGGGGAUAUGGGACCUGUGGGACCCCAAGGACCAAUGGGCAUCCCCGGAAUUGGGAGUCAAGGGGAACAGGGAAUCCAAGGUCCUAUUGGUCCACCUGGUCCACAAGGGCCCCCAGGACAAGGCUCACCUGGUCCCAAGGGAGAAGUAGGCCAGAUAGGACCUACAGAUCCUAGAGGACCAUUGGGACUUGGAGUGCAAGGUCCAAAGGGGGAGCCAGGCUCAACAGGGCUCUCAGGACAGCCAGGAGUACCGAGAGAAGAUGGAGCUACAGGGAAGAAGGGAGAAGCGGGGCUUCCAGGAGCAAGAGGCCCUGAAGGACAACCUGGAAAAGGACAACCUGGCCUCAAGGGUGAUGAAGGAAAGAAAGGGAGCAAAGGAAAUCAAGGACAGAGGGGAUUUCCAGGGCCCGAAGGACCAAAGGGUGAUCCAGGGAUUAUGAGCCCUUUUGGGAUGCCUGGAACAUCAAUUCCGGGACCACCUGGGCCAAAGGGAGAUAGAGGAGGACCUGGGUUUCCUGGAUUUAAAGGAGAACCUGGAAUUGCUAUUCGAGCACCAAAGGGUGCCCAAGGCCCUCGGGGACCAGUGGGUGCUCCAGGACUCAAAGGUGACAGCUAUCCUGGUGUGGCUGGCCCUCAAGGAUUACCAGGACCCCCUGGACCAAGGGGUUUACGUGGAGUGGGAGACACUGGAGCAAAGGGAGAGCCUGGUGUCAGAGGCCCUCCAGGCCUCCCUGGGCCUCGGGGCAUAGGAGCCCAAGGGCCAAAGGGUGAUACUGGGCAGAAAGGCUUGUCUGGCCCUCCUGGCCCCCCUGGCUAUGGAUUACAAGGAAUCAAAGGGGAGCAAGGACCUCAAGGCUUCCCAGGGCCAAAGGGCAUGACAGGCCAUGGCCUCCCUGGCAGGAAGGGAGACCAUGGAGAACGGGGCAAUGUGGGAAAGAAAGGGGAUAAAGGGGACAUUGGAGAUCCCGGACCCCAAGGAAAACAGGGGUUACAAGGACCAAGAGGAGACGGAGGACUGACAAAAGAAGAAAUCAUUAAGCUUAUUUUUGAAAUAUGUGGUUGUGGGCGUAAAUGCAGAGAGGCACCGCUAGAGCUGCUGUUUGUGAUCGACAGCUCAGAAAGUGUGGGACCGGAGAACUUCCCGAUUAUCAAAGACUUUGUGAAGACUCUGACCGACAGAGUUGCGCUGGACCUUGCCAUGGCCCGCGCAGGCGUAAUCAACUAUAGCCAUAAGGUGGAGGAGGUGGCUCAUUUGACACAGUUCUCCAGCAAGGACGACCUCAAGCGGGCCGUGGACAGCAUGAAGUAUCUGGGAGAAGGCACCUACACAACCACAGCUCUCCAUGCCGCCAACCGCAUGUUCGAAGCCACAAGGCUGGGUGUGAAGAAGGUGGCCUUGGUCAUCACUGAUGAGCAGACAGACACCCGAGAUGAAAAGGAUCUGACAGAGGUGGUGAAGGAUGUCAGUGACAUCGAUGUGGAAAUAUUUGUGAUUGAGGUGGUGAAGAGAAAUGACCCCAACUUCGAGAUGUUCCACAGAGAAAUGAAUCUAAUUGCUACCGACCCAGACAGUGAGCACAUUUAUCUAUCUGAUGACUUUGUUACCCUUCAAGAUACCCUGAAGCAAAAAUUGUUUAAAAAAAGUUGUGAGGAUUUUGAAUCCUACCUCUUUCAUAUUUUGGGUUCACCACUGCUUCAACCUGGAUUUGGGAUAUCGGGGCAAGAACUCACUGAAUCUGCUCCAGAACCCCAGAAAGAAAUUUCUGAGUCCGUCAGUGUCUCUGGAGCCCAGGACAAAGAGAAUGAGCCUUCAGAGCCCACCUGGGCUGCCAGCCUUGCUGCCACUCCAUCAUCUGAGGCUGCCACCACCCAGGGGCCAUUGCUCAGGUCCCCUGAGGAUCAGGCAGAGGGUCUGGAAACCAGAGCUCAAAGUCCCAUUUUGAACUCAGAGCGAGAAAAGUUUGUGCACGAAAGUAAGAGAUUUCUGCCCAUCAGCUGUUGUAUCUAUAAUAUCAAGAAGGCACAGAAAGGAUGGUCUCUAAAAUCUCAUCCAGAGAGAACAUGUUUUGACUCUAAACAGGGGUGA